AUGGAAGAAAACCGAGGAUACACAAUCAAAAGCGAAGGCAUCAAUCGCCAGGGCAACUACUACUGUGCCUAUGACUGUGGCCCAGACGCUCCUAACCAGAACGCCUACUUUUAUCAUAAUCUUGACGGCUCGCGCUUCUACAAGAAUCCCGACGGCAGCUCGUACUUCGCCAAUAGCCGCGGCCGAGAGAUGUAUGUCGCGCCCGAUGGCGACAAGUACAUGGCUUUCAAUGGUGGACCUUGGCAGCCUGUGUCUAAGAAUGAGAGAUGA